GUAGAACCGAAUGACGAUGGAACAAGUGAAAAUGUCAAGUCUCAAUUGUUUUAUUAUCAGUGUGAAUAAGUAACUAUACUAUAGUGGAAAUUUUACAUGACGACGAUCUCUGGAUAUUUUGGGAAUGACAUGUGGAGAUGGUACCGCGUGAUGGAAGAUGACGAUUUCGACACGUUGUCAGUCGACUCGGUCAAGAGGAGGCGGUACGACAGAGAGAAGGAGUACCUCAGUUUGUCCAGGAACACCGUCUAUCACUCCCUCAUGGACCUGGAGGACUUGGAAUUGGCGGACCUCGACCACAAUAAGAGGUGGCGAAAUUUUUCCAGCAGUGACUUGAGCGUAGAUUUUGUACUAGCCUAUGAUGAACAAGGAAAAGCAGAAGAUGUGGAAAAGAGGAAAACCUUUGAAAAAAACCUGGUUACUACGGGGUUGUUGCUGGAGAGGGAAGAAAACCAAAGGAUACACUUUGUCAAAAUUCACGUGCCUCCAGAAGUUUUAUGUAGAUAUUCAGAGGUUCUCAAGAUGAGGUUACCUAUCAAAGUUGAUGAAUCUGAUUUGCCAAAAGAUAAUAUCAUAGUGGAAACUGCCAAUAGAUUGCUUAAAACUUGCAACGUUUCUCUGGAUCCUAAGAAAUUUCCUGUUAAAAAGUAUCAACUUACAGCAGAGUUUAGUAGGGAUAAAAAUUAUUUAUUUGACAUAGAUGAUCCAGAUUUUUUCAACACUUCAAUUAUUACAACUAUAGCCUCAUACAUUCUAGAAAGGGAAAAAUUUGGUUUGGAAGAUCAGGAUAAGGGUAUCAAAAGACUCAUAACAGAAGGGGUAUAUAAAGCUGCAUUCCCCUUACAUGAUGGAGAUCUUCAUGACAGAUCCUCAAAAAGAAAACUUCUUUUAGAUGAAUGGGCCUCAGUGUCAAAAUGUCUGAAGUUUCAGCCCAUAGAUGAAAUAAAAGACUAUUUCGGGGUGAAAUUCGCUCUAUAUUUCACUUGGUUAGGCUUCUACACACACAUGCUGAUACCAGCUGCCAUCGUAGGAGUUAUUUGCUUCAUAUACGGUAUCUUAACCCUAAGCUCAGAUACUCUGAGUAGAGACAUUUGUUCAAAAGAUGUGACUAUGUGUCCGCAAUGUGAUAAGCAUUGUGAUUACUGGAAUUUGAAAACAAGCUGUACAUAUUCAAGGAUACAACACAUAAUUGACAAUCCUGCAACUAUUUUUUUCGCCGUAUUCAUGUCUAUUUGGGGAACUCUGUACCUGGAAUUAUGGAAGAGAUACAGUGCAGAGAUUGCCCACAGGUGGGGUCUUACAGGGUUUGAUUUGCAAGCAGAACCGCCCAGACCGGAGUACUUGCUGAAACUUGCAAAAGCCAAAAAGAAGAAGCUGAAUGUUGUUACUCAGCUUCAAGAACCAGUAGUGCCUUUUUGGAGGGUCAAAUUGCCUUCAGUAAUCCUCAGUUUCACCCUCGCCCUGCUUUGGACUUUAGUGGCACUAGCGGUAGUUAUGGGUGUCGUCGUAUAUAGGAUGUCUUAUGUCACAUCUGACGCGUUAUAUAGGGAUAAAACUAGUUAUCGGAUAUACGUAGUACCUGUCACAGCAGCUAUGAUCAAUUUAGUUUGUAUUGUCAUCCUAAAUCUGAUCUACGACAGAUUGGCAGAAUGGUUGACAGAAAUGGAACUGCAAAGAACGCAGACCGAAUUUGAUGAUAGUUUAGCUGUAAAAAUUUACAUGUUCCAGUUUGUCAAUUACUAUUCGUCUAUUUUCUAUAUAGCUUUUUUCAAAGGGAAGUUUGUUGGAUAUCCCACAAAGUACAACAAAAUUUUCGGAUAUAGACAAGAAGAGUGCAUGCCUGGAGGAUGUUUGAUGGAGCUAACGAUACAGUUGGCGAUUAUUAUGAUUGGUAACCAGGCGAUGAACACAGUCGUUGAAAUGGUUGUACCAUUGCUUAUAAAAAUGUAUAACACAUUUAUGGUAACAACUGGAAUAGAGAAAGCUGCAAAGGAAGAAAUAACUUUGAUCAGCUGCAACCAGUGGACUGAAGAUUACAAAUUAGGGGAAUUCCAGAGCAGAAGUUUGUUUGCUGAGUAUCUUGAAAUGGUUCUUCAAUACGGAUUUGUGACAAUAUUUGUGACUGCUUUCCCAUUAGCGCCACUGUUUGCCCUCAUCAAUAACGUUCUCGAAAUGCGUUUGGACGCCAAAAAAUUCAUAAAGUACUUCAGAAGACCUAUUCCACAACGUGUCAAGAAUAUUGGCGUUUGGUAUUCAAUACUUGCCAUUGUGGGUAGGAUAGGAGUUGUAUCGAAUGCUUUCAUUAUAGCAUUUUCAUCCCAUUUUAUACCUCGAUUGGUGUACAGGUUGAAGGAAUCGGUGGAUCAUACUGAUGAAGGAUUCUUGGAACACAGUCUGGCUUUUUUCAAUACAUCUGAUUUUCCUAUAGAGUCUGCCCCUGUUUCACCAAGUAUCAACGUUACUGUUUGCAGAUAUGCAGAAUACAGAAAUCCGUACAAUCACCCUGAUCCUGCUCAGAAAUACAAACGUCCCAUCAUUUACUGGCAUAUCUUAGCAGCUCGGCUCGCUUUCAUAGUCGUUUAUCAAAAUUUGGUGAGCUUUGUGAUGACAGCUGUCGAGUGGUUAAUACCGGACAUCAGUCGAAAACUCAAUGAUAGAAUGAAGAGAGAAGCAUACAGAACAAAUGAAAUUAUCAUCAAACAUGAGACGGAAAGGGCUGCCCGAGAAAGGAAUAAAUCAAUGAGGAAAAGAGAUUCUCUACUUUCCGCAGUUACAGUAUACCAUGACGCACUCAAUGGGGAUCUAACGAAUGAAGAACAACCUUCAAGUAACAAAAAUACAAUGUACUAUGAUCCAUAGAAGUCCAUAGGUACAAAUUUUCGAAUAUGUGCUGUUUGAAUGAUUGCUUCAGCAACCUUUAUUUUAUAAAAUUGUGGCCUUUACCUUGCCUUACUGUUGUGUAACUAGUCAAAAGAGCAGAGAUCAAAAAAUUAUAUUAAAAAAAUAUUUAUAUUACAGUUUUUCACGAGGCUUUGGGUACGCCUUUUGUGCUAAUUUUCUGUUUAUCCUAAGAUACAGGUGAAGGCAUGUCAGAUAAAGGAUGAAAAAGUGUAGAUUGAUAGAAGGCAUAUUUCAAAAUCAUUUUUUUGAUAUAAAAGAUGAUUCAGACUUAUCAAAGUUGAACAUUCUUGAAUGAAAUACCUACCCUUAUUGAUAAUAUGUUCAUUGAAACGAUGCAGAAACGAUAUGAAGCAUUUGAAUUUCCUAAAGAAUCUAUUGAUAUUAGAUACACCAUGCAUAUAUUUUCAAUGGGGGCAUAUAAGUGAAACUAUGUAUUCUUAUACAUAUUUCCACUUUAUAAAUAUAACUUUGAAACCAUACUCGUUUGUGAAUAGUUCUGUAUAUUAUCUAAUGUACUUGAAGAAAUAUGCCUCUUAUGAAUGCACAACUUGAAAAUAGAUUUUUGCAUUUUAGAAUAUAUUGUUCGAAAUAUUUCCUAAACAUAUAUAGUCUAACUGAGUUAUCUAUUUAUAAAUGAAUGUUGAUAAAAUAUGAUGAAUCUCAUCAUAAUAGUUUAGGACUGUUCAGAAUUUUAUAAAAAAACGAACAGGAAAGUUAAGGUCCAAAAUAUGUCAAAACUACAAAGUAGAUAGGAAAAGUAAUACUCCAAAUAAUGCAAUUAAAAACAAAAUAGUUCAUGUUUUUUUAUGGAAAGCGCCACAGUGGAAGAUCAGACAUGAUCAGAUAUUUGCUUGACAUUUCCAGUUUUAAUAAGUAAGUUUUGUAAUGCUUUUUGAUUUUAAUCUAUUUUAAUAUACCUACUUACAUUGUUUGCAUUUUAGUUUUCUACUCAUUGAAGAUUUUAUAAACUGUUCGAAAUCUGACGGAAUAAACUUUUUU